UAUGUUCGUCUGUACGAGUAUCAACAACGAAGACUAUGUAAAUAUCGUUAACAAAAAAAUCAAUACAGAGGAUUUCAAGAUUUUGAGUUACAAUGUGGCUCCGAUGGCGAAGAAGUCUGGAAUUUUCGGGGAACAUUACUUCCUGAAGAUAGUGGUUAAAUUGGAGAACGAUAGUAUCGAAGAACUCAGCUAUUUCUUAAAAACGUUACCGCAGUUGGAAUCGCAGAAGAAUUUUACUUUGGAAAUGGGCGCAUUUUUUAAAGAAGAGCAAAUGUUCAAAUUAUUUGUGCCGUUGUUUUUGAAGAAUGAAAUCGAUAACUUCUCCAAAUGUUCUCCUCGUUGUUACCUCUCUCAACCGGAUACUAUGUUGAUAUUCGAGGAUCUGGCUAUUAAAGGUUACAAGUGUUUAAAUGCAAGACAAUCGUACGAUAUAAAUCUUGUAAAGUUGGCGAUUCGUUCAAUGGCUAAUCUUCAUGCGAGCUCGAUCAUACUAGAAGAUAUGAAAUCGAGGAAUUACGGAAAGAACUGGAGGUUGUACGAUGAGUAUCCAAAGCAGUUUCAAGAAAUGUUGUAUUGCCAGAAGCCUCCGAGUCUGGCUUUAAUUGAGUCUUGCGUUAAAGGUACAACUACUCAAAUCGAUUACCUGAUGGGCGAUCAUUUUCAGUCUAAACCGGAACUGCAGAGCUUCAAGGAGUUCUCAAGAUCCUCUGUACGUGAUUUAGUUAAAUACGUUCGACCUUCCGAAGAAUUUCGCAACACGAUUUGUCAUGGAGAUCUGUGGGCAGCGAACAUAAUGUUUAAAUUUGGUAAAGACGGUGAUCCGGUCGAUUGCCUCCUCGUCGAUUUCCAGUCGUAUCGAUAUUGUCCACCAGCACAAGAUUUAUUAACAUUCAUUUACUUGGCCACCGACCGCGAAUUCCGUUCCAAUCAUAUGCAAGAAGUGUUGCGCUAUUAUUAUGAAGAAUUCAGUCAUUUGUUAGCCGUACGCGGUGUGAAAAAUAUCUUCGAUUAUGAGGAAUUUAUGGCCAGCUGUGAAGCGAAUGAAUUGUUCGCUAUUAUUCAGAGCGUAACUCAUUUCCAAAUAGUAAUGAUGUCUCCAGACACGAUGACUGAUUUCCUCGCCGACUCCGAAUACAGCAGAAAAUGUAUGUUUGAGGAUAGGAGCGACAACAUUAUUAGGGUUUGCGAGCUCGACAAAUUCUAUAAGGCAAAGCAAAUUGAAAGUCUCACAGACCUGCACGAAUUCUAUCGGAAGUAAUUUAUAUCUGUAUAUUCCUAUUCAAUAAAUCCUACAGCUAAG